GUGGCGUCUUCCUCAUCCACGUGUAGUGUGUCAACGCAAACGAUCGCUUCAAAGGUAAAACAUGUACCUCCUCUCUUUUCUGAUCUCUUUGAUCUGGCAAUUUAUUCCUUCGGUUGCCAGAGCAGUUUGCACUCUCACCAUAAAGUUCGUGGCAAUCCAGUGCUGGAAGGAGUCUCGGUGAUUCUGGACAGAAUGGUGCUGACGAGCAACCCAGAGACCAAUGCAGCGUUUGAAGAAAUAACACCUACAAGGCUAGGUAACUGAUUAUUUUUACAUUUGCUUUAUUUAGCGCCUGUUUACAUGGAGGUGGGGGACCCUAGGUAAGUGAAGUAACCCUCUUAGCUGGGGUAACCCGCCUUUCCAUAUAAUCUCUCAUUUUAAGUUCAUUGCAUUUACAUGAUAAGUGGGGUGACCCGCCAAGCUAACCCUCCCAGCCGGGGUCAAAUUUUGCCAUGUAAACGUUUCAAGGUGGGGUAACCCAGCUAGCCGGGGUCGGAUUUGUGAUACAUCAAAUUCUCACAAAAUUCACUUUGGUGGUGGCUUUGCAUAAUUAUUAAAGGUAGCAAUACAAAGCCACAGCACUGAAGGUUGUAACAAGAGCAGCAAGUGAGUGUAGAAGAGCAUUAAUCACCAAAAGACAUGGUUUGCCAGUAUUUUUAUUGUUUACGUGCUUAGCGACCAAUCAAUAAUCUUGAGAAAGUGCACCCCGCGAUGGCGGGGUUGUAAGAUUGCAUGUAAAGGAGGGUUAAUAUUUAACCCCACCUAAGUGGGUUACCUUACCUACCUGGGGUCCCCCACCUCCAUGUCAACAUGCCCUUAGGGACAGUUUGGUUGAAACCUGGAAGGCUUUCCAUGGUUCACUUUUGCCCCACGUGAGCAAAAAAAAAGAAAAUGACUUGCGUGUCAACGCGGAUAACUGUCAUCGGGUGUCAUAGCUUUGUCCAGGUUUAGGGUUAGUACCUAUUUAAAGUUGCGAGAAGUUAAACAAUAAAAACAAAGUCUGUCAGACUUGCAGCGAAACCCUACAGAAAUCAAAGCAAAAUUGGGCUAAACCCCAGAAUACUCAGCCAGUUAUAAAUCCUCACUGAAUCUGUGCAUACACGCACAUGCUAUUUCUCAUUCUUUAAGCCAUAGAAGCAGGACAAGUGCGCUGUAAAUGCACACAUGUAGAGUAUUUCUCUUUCUUUGAGCCAUGAGCAAAUCAACAGCGCACAACCACUGCAGGACCGCGGACCGGAUUAGUAACUGAUUAAACCAGGACUUCGCGACUGAAGACGACGGUAGCAUUUCAUUUCCAAACUUAUAUCAACAUCAACUCCACGAGUUUGGGACUACGGAUCACGUUAACAGCACACUUUUAUCCUUGUCUGAACCCCAUUAAACACCUGUGGAUCGCGGACCAUGGUCUUAAAUCUAAAGGCUCAAAGUUGCUGGGUAUUCUGAAGUUGCUUGCAAUUUUCUCUAAUAUAUCCGCUGGUAGUGCGUGCUUGAAAGACAUAAUGUUCCAGUACAUUGCCCAAAAUUACAACACAGCACUCAGUAAGAUAAAAAUUAUUGACCUAACUGGACAGAAACAGGAAGCUGUAAAAUCGUUGAAGCCUAGGAAAAGCCUUGUGAACAACCCACUUAUUAAUUUCAAGAGACCUAGUGACCUACAGCUUACAUUUUUAUGUGUCUGUUUUAUUUUUGCUUGUUUCUUGCCGCCACAGUUGCUGCCGGGUUAGAGUUUCUUUACCCUUCAUGAUGCAGAGUAAUAAUAAUUAUUGAUGUGAGCAUGAUCAAGAGCUUCCCUUGUUUCUGACGUGUCCAUUAGGUGUACAUACACAUUUUAAUACUUACUUCAUUGCCUGUAGGUAACUGGAGACCAGGGGAGAUUCCCACAAAGGAACUUCUGACCCUUAUCUCUUCGUGGAUAAAAACGCAGAAGAAGGGAAUCAUCAGGAAAGCUGAAAAUCCUCAAGUGCUUUCACUGGUACUUGAGGAAAAGCAGUCCUACUCUGAGGAGGAAGAUCGC